AUGGCGGCAGGUCUGAGUGCGGCCUCUUUGGGCUCCCAGGUUCACGCCUCUGCUGUAAACGGAGACAGAAGCUCGCUGCUCAAAUUCAUCACAGCGGAGCCGUCUCUGCGGGACCUUGAGGACCAGUUUGGACGCACUCCUCUGAUGUACUGUGUGCUGGCCGACCGCCUGGACUGUGCGGACAUCCUGCUGAAGACGGGAGCCUCGGUGAACAAAGCCGACCACAGCCACCGCACGGCUCUGCACCUGGCUGCGCAGAAGGGUAACGUGCGCUUCCUGAAGCUGCUCUUAUCCAGACGAGCAAACUGGCUCCAAAAAGACCUGGAGGAGAUGACCCCACUGCACUUGGCCACACGACACCCGUCCCCCAAAGCACUCGCUCUCUUACUCAAAUACAUCGGACCAGGAGAAGUGGAUACACAGGACAAGAACAAGCAAACAGCGCUGCACUGGUCUGCUUUUUACAACCGGCCUGAGCAUGUGCGGCUCCUGAUCAAACAUGACUCCAACAUCGGCAUCCCAGACAGCGAAGGAAAGAUUCCUCUGCACUGGGCCGCACACAGCCAAGAGCCGAGCGCCACUCAAACUGUCCGCUGUAUUUUGGAAGCCGCUCCUACCGAGUCCCUGUUAAACUGGCAAGACUUCGAGGGCCGGACUCCCCUGCACUUUGCCGUUGCCGAUGGCAACGAGGCCGUGGUGGAGGUGCUGACGUCAUACGAGGGGUGCAAUGUGACAGCCUAUGAUAACCUGUUCAGGACGCCGCUGCACUGGGCCGCGCUGCUCGGACAUGCUCGGAUUGUGCAUCUGCUGCUGGAGCGGAACACAUCGGGCACAAUCCCCUCUGACAGUCAGGGGGCAACGCCUCUGCACUAUGGGGCACAGAGCAACAAUGCUGAGACGGUUGGAGUUUUUCUGGCCCACCCAACUGUUAAAGAUGAGCCGGAUCUCGAGGGGCGGACCGCCUUCAUGUGGGCCGCAGGCAAGGGCAGUAAUGAUGUCAUCAGUACCAUGCUGACCCUCACCCCUAACCUGGACAUCAACAUGGCCGACAAGUAUGGAGGCACUGCGCUGCAUGCGGCCUCGUUAUCAGGCCAUGUGAGCACCGUGAAGCUGCUGCUGGAGAAAGGGGCCAUGGUGGACUCUCUGGAUGUGAUGAAGCACACGCCACUCUUUCGGGCGUGUGAGAUGGGCCACAAGGAUGUCAUACUUACCCUCAUUAAAGGCUUCGGUCAUGUCGACCUGGUAGAUGUGGAUGGUCACACAGCCCUGCACUGGGCAGCACUUGGGGGAAAUGCUGAAAUCUGCCAGAUAUUAAUGGAGAAUGGAAUCAGCCCAAAUGUGCAGGAUCACGCUGGCCGGACGCCGCUGCAGUGCGCUGCUUAUGGAGGAUACAUCACCUGCAUGGCAGUCCUCAUGGAGAACAAUGCUGAUCCAAACAUACAAGACAAAGAGGGGCGAACGGCUCUGCACUGGUCCUGUAACAAUGGAUAUUUAGACGCAGUGAAGCUGCUGCUGGGCUACACUUCGUUUCCCAAUCACAUGGAGCACACAGAGGAGCGGUACACCCCACUGGAUUACGCUCUUCUGGGGGGCCACAGUGAGGUCACACAGUUUAUGCUGGAGCACGGAGCCCUGUCCAUUGCGGCCAUCCAGGACAUCGCGGCGGCUUCCAUCCAAGCGGUCUAUAAAGGCUACACGGUCCGCAAGGCCUUCAGAGAGCGCAAGCAACUCCUCAUGCGGCACGAGCAACUUCGCAAGGAUGCAGCCAAGAAGCGAGAGGAAGAGCACCGGAAGAGGGCUGCGAAUCGAAGGAUUGUGUCUGUGAGUGGUGAGAAGAGACCAGAACAAAAAUCCUCCCUGCUCCUCAUCAUGGAAGACCUGUUCCUCAACGAUUCUGUCGACCAAACUAAGAAACAUCACAGUGACCAAAGUCACCGCUCUACAAACAAAGAGGAAAAGCUUGAAGUCCCAAAAAGGAGAUUUUCCAGGAGAAGUCCAAUGGCAGAAACCUCCAGCGUUUUUCCAGCUUCAGGCCACAAUGACACACCAACACCACAGCGGAAAUAUGAUCGUGAAGAACGGAGGAGACGAGACAAGGCUGCGUGCACCAUCCAACAGGCCUGGAGGAGGUUUUGUGCGAAAAGGCGCUCUGAGGCCAAAGCGUGUGAGCGAGUCGUCCCGGUGUCUCAGCAAAGCCACAGGACUCGAACAGCAGUGUGUAAAUCUGUGGGGAGUAAGAGCUCUGUGCUACAAAGCAUCUACGGAAGCUCCAUGACGCGAAAGGGGCGAUGUCUUCGGGGGUCCCAGUCCCAGGGGCCAGUGGACUCUCCUCUACGCACUGCCAGCCAGAUGAGCGGUAUAGACGGUGUGCACUUGACCGAAGCAGUGAACCAGUCCAAACUCUAUUCCUACCACCUCCGACCACAGAGCGCCGACCAGCGACAGAGGAAAACACUCCAGCAACGAUGA